CACACACACACACCAGUCCUCUCAACCUUCAGAUCAGUACAUCCCACUAUGCUUUGCGAUGGUCUGACAAGUGGAUCCAAGAUGGCGUAGAAAGUAAAGCUAGACGUUUUGUCCCUGAGUCAUGGCGGACAGGAGAGCGGAGAAGUCAUGUGAAGAAGCCAGCAGAUCGUUAACCAGGCGGGAGUACGAGGCGGCAGUCAGCCACAGCACGGACGCCCUGGUGGUCCUUGCACCGCAAACCCAACCUUCCGGUGCCCCUGUCCCGCCAAGCCCUACAUCCCUUGUCACCGCCACCGGACCCCUCCGCAGCCGUGUCUUGCUCUACCGAAUUGCUGCCUUCUUGCAGCUGAAAAACUAUGAUGAAGCAGAUGAAGACUGCAAACACGUUCUGGCAGAAGAAAUCGCCAGAGGAGACGGUUCAUUCCAGGCCAGCUUGCGCUCCAUGCUGUUGGAUGGCAGCCUGCAGGAGGUGGUCAGCAUCCUCUCUAAAGCCUUGUAUGGAGAGCCAAUGAACGGAAUUGUUGCAAAAGACUUGACCAGAUUAAAAAUGCUCUUCUCAGAAAUCGAGGCUAUAAAUAGGGAGAUGGCACCAGAAUACACAGAUGACCAGGAGGAAGAGGUCCAAGAUGGCUGGCAGUUCCGGCCUCCUCCCAGAGGAGUCACCAGCAGUGAGGAGUACACCCUCUGUAAAAGGUACUUGGAACAGGGUCUGUGUCGGUACGGGGCCCAGUGUACAUCAGCCCACUCGCAGGAGGAGCUGAUGGAGUGGCAGAAGCGCUAUGCGUCACGCCUCAUCCGCCUCAAACAGCAGCAGGAGAGCAAACACUUUACAGAGAACUACAUGGAGACUCUGAUAGAGAAGUGGAUGAACUCCCUCUCCCCAGAGAAAGUGCUAAGUGACUACUUGGAAGGAGUGAAUGUAGAAACCAGCUCCAGCCUCUCUGUUACCGUCUCCACCAAAAAGUCCUCCCACUCCUGGACCUUCUCUUUGUUGUGCAAGCCGGCUAGAAAGCUGUACCGCAUCGCGUUGCUCUAUGAUGCCCACCGACCACACUUCUUCAUCACAGGUGUGUCAGCUGGGGAGCGGCUACAAGCUCUCCCCAAAGGCUGCCAAGAGUGGACCCCAGGAGAGGAGACAGCAGUGGCAGCAGACAAUGGCCUGGACCACUGUGUCUACAAGGUAGCAGUGGGCUUCAGCACAGAAAUCUUCGGUACCUUCCGACAGACCGUUGUUUUUGACUUUGGCUCAGAACCUGUGCUGAUGCAGCGGAUCAUGGUAGAUGCUGCCUCCAUUGAAGACCUAGAACACCUGAUGGCAGCCAGGCAGCAGCUCUUGAUGACUGCAAAGCGUUGGGACUCUUCCUGUAAGACCAUCGUAGAAUUCGUUCCUAAUGAAACAAUGGCCGAAUUGGAGCGCAGCCUCCUAUCCCGCUAUCAGAUCCCUCUGUCAGCCGACCAGCUCUUCACCCAGUCAGUCCUGGACAAGACUCUGACCAAAGACAACUACCAGGCCCGACUGCAUGACCUGCUCUACAUAGAGGAGAUUGCACAAUACAAGGAAGUUAGCAAGUUUAACAUCAAAGUGAACCUCCAGCUAGUCACCAGCUUUAUGCUGACUGGCAUUUCUGUUGGAGCCAAGUAUGCCCAGAAUGGACAGCUCUUUGCACGCUUCAAACUCACUGAAACACUUUCUGAGGACACAUUGGCUGGGCGGCUAGUGAUGACCAAGGUGAAUUCAGUCUUGGUGCUGCCAUUGGGCCGUGAGGGGUUCAGCAGCCAGCCACCCCCUGGUGUCAAGGAGAGAGUGUACGAGGCUGUGAUCGAGGAGAAGACCAAGGACUACAUCUUCCUGAGGAUCUGCAAGGACUGCUGCGACGAGCUGGGGCUAAUUCCUGACAGAGAAAUACAGGUGGAGCUCCAGUUCCAGCUGAACAGACUGCCACUCUGUGAGAUGCAUUAUGCCCUGGAUCGCAUCAAAGAUAAUACCAUCCUUUUUCCUGAUGUUGGCCUUGUUCCCACCAUCCCAUGGAGCCCCAACAGGCAAUGGGAUGAGCAGCUGGAUCCCCGCCUGAAUGCCAAGCAGAAAGAGGCCAUCCUCGCCAUCACCACACCCAUCACGAUUUCCUUGCCCCCAAUCCUCAUCAUUGGGCCCUAUGGCACUGGCAAGACCUUCACCCUGGCACAGGCAGUCAAGCACAUCCUUCGCCAGGACCACAGCAGGGUCCUGAUCUGCACCCACUCCAACAGUGCAGCUGAUCUUUACAUUAAGGACUACCUUCAUCCUUAUGUUGAAGCAGGCAAUCCGCAUGCCAGACCUCUCAGGGUAUACUUCAGGAACCGCUGGGUGAAGACGGUUCACCCAGUGGUCCAGCAGUACUGUCUCAUCUCCGGGACACACGUCACUUUCCAGAUGCCCACAAGGGAGGACAUCCUCAGGCACCGCGUGGUGGUGGUCACCCUCAGCACCUCCCAAUACCUCUGCCAGCUUGACUUGGAGCCUGGGUUGUUCACUCAUAUCCUAUUGGAUGAAGCAGCCCAGGCGAUGGAGUGUGAAACCAUCAUGCCUUUUGCUCUGGCUAGCAAAACCACCCGCAUCGUGCUGGCUGGAGACCACAUGCAGCUCAGUCCAUUUGUGUACAGCGAGUUUGCGCGGGAGCGUAACCUCCACGUCUCACUGCUGGACCGGCUGUAUGAGCACUACCCCCCUGAAUAUCCGUGCCGCAUCCUCCUGUGCGAGAACUACCGUUCCCACGAAGCUAUCAUCAACUACACAUCAGAACUGUUUUAUGAUGGAAAGUUAAUGGCAAGUGGGAAGCAGCCCUCCCAUAAGGACUUCUACCCUCUGACCUUCUUCACAGCCAGAGGAGAAGAUGUCCAGGAGAAGAACAGUACUGCCUAUUAUAACAACGCUGAGGUAUUUGAGAUUGUGGAGCGGGUGGAAGAGUUGCGCAAGAAGUGGCCAGUGGCCUGGGGCAAGCUGGACGAGGGCAGCAUCGGAGUGGUUUCACCAUACGCUGACCAGGUGUUCCGCAUCCGAGCAGAGCUCCGAAAGAAGAGGAUGCAUGAGGUCAGCGUGGAAAGGGUGCUCAAUGUUCAAGGCAAACAGUUCCGGGUGCUGUUCCUCAGCACGGUGCGGACGCGGCAUACCUGCAAGCACAAACAGACGGCCAUCAAACGUAAAGAGCAGCUUGUUGAGGACUCAACAGAAGACCUUGACUAUGGAUUCCUCUCCAACUACAAACUGCUCAACACGGCCAUCACCAGAGCUCAGUCUCUGGUUGCUGUUGUGGGAGACCCCAUAGCAUUAUGCUCCGUUGGGCGCUGCAGAAAAUUCUGGGAGCACUUUGUCUCCAUCUGCCACGAAAACUCGAGCUUACAUGGCAUCACCUUUGAGCAGAUCAAGGCUCAGCUGGAGGCCCUGGAGCUCAAGAAGACCUACGUCCUGAACCCAUUGGCCCCGGAGUUCAUCCCUCGUGCCCUCCGGCCCCUGCAAGGGCACCACCCUACUUCGCAGGCCCUCCAUCCCCACCAUCACCCACAUCCUCAGCACGCACAGCCUGCGUCCAACAAGCAGGGCACACAGCAGCAACAGCACCAGCAGCAGCAGUCACCCCCUAAAGGGAAGCAUGCAAACCACACGGAGCACCUUCCACCUGAAGGAUAUGUCCAACCCAACCCAGCCAUGCUGAUGGGAAACCCUAUUCGGGCAUUCACACCACCCUUGGGUGGCACGCAAGCUGGCAUGGGCAAGUCACCUAGUCCCGUUCAGAGGAUAGACCCUCACACAGGCGCCAGUAUCCUCUACGUUCCAGCUGUGUACGGUGGAAAUAUGGUCAUGUCCAUGCCCCUACCAUUGCCUUGGCCAGGUUACCAGAAUCGCUUUGCUGUGGACCCUCGCAUCAUGAGCCACCCAGCAGCCAUGGCCUACAACUUUAAUCUGUUGCAGGCCCAGAAUCGAGGUUCCCCCAUCCCAUACAGUGGGGUGGCCCAUCCCUCUCCACUAGGAAUGGGCCAGCCCAGCCCUGACAAGGAGCUACAGGCCGACCCAAUCAGAAAUGGGAAGUUGGAAGGAUGUCCAAAGUCAGAACAGAGCCGUCUUCAGACACCAGAGAGGAAAACUGCAGACAUGAAGGAAAAACAGGGAGAUUUAGACACAGGCCAAAGUCGAAGUCUAGACUCUCAGUCAGACGGACUUGUUGGAUUUCCCAAUGCCCUGCUCCAUCGAAAAGAUCCUUCAGCCGCCCAAAGGCCCCUCAACUACCACCUGGCUCCACCCAACCCAGCUUUUCCUCCACAUCCUGCCAGUGGAAGAGCCUACCCCCCACAGUAUCCUGUCUCCAGGCUUCCUUAUCGGGUAAACCAGUCUCAGCACCCAGGGAUGCCCCAACAGAGUCAACAGCAGCAGCAACAGCUCAGCCCUGCCUACACUGGUGGUAGUCACAACACUUCCUUCUUCAGUGGCCCCAUACCCCCCCACAGGGCUGUCCAGUCUCCCACUUUGGAUGGGCCAGAGUCUGGAGGGGUCGAGGAGAUGAGUAGCUCCAUUAGGACUCCAAUGGGCCACCCAGGGGGGCACCACCCAGGCCUGUCACAGCAUAACAGGGUCAACAGCUUUGGAGAGGACGGACCAGAUGGAAACCUAGGAGACAGUCUGGACCUCCAGGGUCCCUUGGCUCUAGAGGCCCUGAGCCAGCAGCAACAGCAGCAGGCAGCCAGGCUGGGCCAGUGGGGGGAGGCACCAGGCCCUUUUCUCCAAGGCAGCGUUGCGUUCCCUCUGCCCCAACAGCUUGCCCACCUUGCUCAGUCAGGCAUGGCUCGCUUCCCCCAUCAGCUGCUCCGAGCCACUAGUUGGGGCCUUAGUGCCAACAUGGAGGAUGAAGCGGUUACUCCUGCCUCAACUGGGCCUCCUUUCACCAGGUAUCCAGGGCUCUUGAGAGAGAUGCCCCCACAAGAACAGCCUGAACCCAGGGAAGCAGCUGAGAUGCAGCCCCCACCUCAAUCUCGCCUCCUUCAGUACCGCCAGUCCCAGCCCCGUGCCUCAGGUGACCCUUCAUCCUCUUUAGCAGCCACCUCCAAUCAUGCUGGCCCUUUCCCAUCAGGACCUUACUCCCACGACACCGGCCGCGAUCUCCUUAACGACAACCUUCUGAACAACCCAGCUCUGCAGCAGCAGCACCCGGGGAACCCCCUCUAUAGUACUGGUAGCUACCCACAUCAGCCACCAACCCACUCUGCCAGCCCCCCUCCCUCCCAGGUCAAAUAUCUUCUGCAAGAGGCCCAGUGGUCUCACGGUGGAGCUGCAUCAGUAAGCCCACCACAGCAGAACCACCUGUUAGGGAACCAGGGCCACGGCCUUCCCUAUGGACUUCCCAUUAUGGCUCACCCCAGUAGACAGGAGCAAGUCCACCUGAUGCAACUUCACCAUCAGCACCAGCAGCAGCAGCAGCAACAGCAACAACAACAGCAGCAGCAGCAGCAGCAGCAGCAACAACAGCAGCAGCAACAACAACAACAACAACAACAGCAGCAGCAACAACACCAACAAAGUCAAGGUCCAGACCAGGAGUCCUACCAUCCACUGUCCCCCAGAACAUCAGCAGCCACAGCCCUUCACAAUGUAGAUGAGUCUGUACAGUAUGAACCCAGAGGUCCAGGCCGGCCUCUCUAUCAGCGGCGAAUCUCCUCCAGUUACCCAGAUGAAUCGUCUCCAGCCAACACCCACAACACCCUGUCCCAGCAGCCGCAGCCCUGUACAUCAGAUCCCCAAGACCACCCUCAUCCACACAUACAGCAUCAUCAGCACCCACAUCCCCCCUACGGUUACCCCUCACAUGACCUCUGGCCCAGUAAUGGUGGGGGUCCCGGUCCGUUCCAGAACAUUCCAUGUAACGGAGCCGGCACACUCGCUCAACACCGGGACCUUCUGGCUUCUAAGGCCCUACGUCAGACGGAGGAGCAGGUGAAGGCCGAGGCCACAGCAGCAGCAGCACAGCAAACACACCCGACACACCCACACUCCCUCAACUCCCUUCAGCACCUUGGACAGUUUCCUCCUCUCAUGCCCAAUAACAAGCAGCAGCAGCAGCAGCAGCAGCCACCGCCGCCACCACCGCCGCAGGCUCCCACAGAGGCCAGUCAGGGGGCUCCAAAUUUAAGCAAACCACCGACCAUGUCCUAUGCCAGCGCCCUCCGCGCUCCACCCAAACCUCGAGCUGUUCGCCCUGAACAGGUCAAAAAGAACAGCGAUCCUCUCUCCCUUCUACAAGAGCUGAGUAUAGGAAGUUCAAAUGGUAGCAAUGGGUACUAUUCCUACUUUAAAUGAGUGUCGCCUCUCCCACAUAUAAGAAAUAAGUGAUAAAAUAUAAAAAACUUAAAAAAAAAAAAAAAAAGCAAAACUGUUUCUGAAAACACACAAAAAAAAAUAGUGCAAAGUGCAUUUACAAAAUGUUUCUAUCAGUAGGUUUGUUUUCUGCAUUUUGUUUCAUUUUAACUUUUUAUUUGUAACAGUCAUCUUUUCUCCUGUUUCACAUCUGUGAAGAAAAUAAGUAUAUAUAAUGAAUGCAUUACUGGUAUAUAUACAUACUCAUUAUGUAUAUAUGAAUAUAUACUUAUAUUAUCUACACUUGUAUAUGUACGUAAUGCUAAAAAAAAAAGUUAUAAAAAAAAAAAUAUUAAUAAAAAAGGCGAGAUUUGGUUGACCACUUAGCUACCUACAUAUUUUCCCUUCUUGAAGUUGGUUUUGUUGGAUACUAAAUAAGUAUGUUGAAGUUUUUAUCAUUUUGUAUUCCUCAGUUUUGAGUGGACGUUAUGUCUUGAUUUUCAUACUACUGUAGUUGUGGUAACGGACAAAAGCUAAGUGGUCAACCGACGCAGAAACUACAUGGAACAGUGUAUAGAAGUAGAUAAAUUUUCCUCUAAUCUGUACAUAUAAAGAAAAUAAAAGACUGAAUUGUAUGCCACAGACAUGUCCUUAAAUUCCUGUAUCAUGCUAGCGUUUGCAUUAUGAAUUCUUUUUUUGUUUGUUGGCUUCUGAUCCUUAAUUUUUAGACAUCCUUACCCUGGGAAUCAUCAGUGAUUUAGUAGUAAAUGUGAUUAUUUACUGAAAAAUACAAAUAUUAAUUUUACUUUUCACCAAUGUCACAUCGACAACAAUGGUUAAAGUGUGAAAAUGUCAGAGCAACAACAGCCAUUGUCAUUCCUCCUUUUGUUCUUACAUGUAUGUUAAGGAUCAGAGAACACCAGACAUCGCUUUCUAUGAUAAGAUUAUCCCAAACUGCUUCGCUUGUGACCGAUGCUCAGUCAUUUUAUUUUACUUCUUUUUGUGUCAACAAAAUUUACACCAGGGGAAAGUUUUCAGUAACUACUGGUGAAUAUGAAAUGUGUUUUUAUUUUGUCACUAAUGGACAUUGAGCUUUUCUGAAAAGGUUGCAGUACUCUGAGGGUUUGUGAAAGUGAAGACAGAGUGGUGGGGUCAGAGUGGUGUGUAAUGAUGGGUAAGUUGAAAACAAGGGUGUGAUCAACACUGCCAGUCAGAUGUUUUUGAACAGGCUAAACAUUUUUGGGUAUGUUGAAACUGUCAGUUUAUAGAAAAUACCCUGUAAAAAAACACGUGAUGAUAUCCUAAGGUUGAUGACUUUUUAUUCUGCUGGAAAUGCAAAUAAGCAAACCACACUCUCUUACAACUUUUAAUAUACGGUUGGUCUCACAGAUGUUUUGCAGUCUUAGCGCCUUUUCAUAAUGUAACUCAAACUACCCAAACUUUGUCAUUCUCUCUGUAAGACAUUAUUUUAAUCCCUGCAUAAUAUGAACCUCAUAAUAAACAGUAUUAUCUCUCUUAAGCUGAUAUUUGCUCCCAGUUUCCCCCAAAAACAUUGAUCAUAAAAAGUCAAAAGCAUUUCCCUAUUCAACACGGCUUGAGAUUUAACCCAAAAAAAAAAAGUAAAGUAGAGAAAGUAACUAUACAAUAAGCUGUUCAAAGACAUGUGACUGUUAAUGUGUCUGUUUUUAGGCUGUGCAUAAUAAGAAUGAAUUGGUAAUGUCAUGGAAGUUGUUUCCGGUCAUUCAGAGAGUCACAUUAUUCACUUUCUCAGUCUGAUCUGAUCCGGCAUAUUAUUACAGCAGUAUGAAUCUCCCUUUAAUUUAAUUGAAAAAACUCUGACCAUGCUUUGUGUGCUGCAUCCCUGUGACUUUUUUUUUUUUUUAAACAACCUAAAAUACAUGAUGAAGGUAACGCAGGAACAUUUGUGAUCUGUCACUUAGAUGCUUGUUUACUAGAUGACACACAAGAAGCCCACACAGCUACACACAGCACAUGAAUCUCACCGCUAACGUACCGAAGCCCUGACGGUUUAGGUCUCUUGACGGUAAAAAUAUAAAAAGAUGCUGAUACAGUAUAUCUGCCAAGGUUUUUCCUUCCUUUUUAUGAUGAAAGCAAUACUGGAAACAGUCAUCCAGUGCUUGAUCCUGUUAUAUGUUAUUCAUUUAUUGUUAAAACACCACUGCCCCAUUUGCGAAUUGGUAAAGUUGUAAUAAAAUCAUGCUGCUGUUUCAUGGCUUUCAUACAGCAAUUAAUCACUGUUAAAUCUCUCUUAAAGUGUCACUUCUUCACAAAGCUAAUACCCUACGGCUAAUAAUGUUUUAAACAGUCAGCGGAGAGCUUCAUAAAGCUAUGGUUUUAUUUUUAAGUUUUAACAUUGUAAUUCCAAGGUCCAGAUUUUUUGACUUAGCGGAGAACAACACAUACUUGUAAAUAUGCAUUUUCUAGGUAUUUACAAACAAGAACUUUGGGAGCGCCUCAAUUUUGUAGAAGCUGUUCAAAGAAGAGGUAUGCCCUUUUUAAUUAUGCAAAUUCACACAAAAUAAUAAUUCAAGAAAUGGACAACAACAAACCAGUUGGUAGUUGCAACAUCCCGUUGUAACUUUUUAGAUUUUUGUUUGUUUGUUUUGUUUGUUUUUAAGAUGGUGUCUGGCUGAUUUGACAAAGAGGAGAUUUUAUGUUGCAGCUGUUAUAAGACAACUUAUCUCACUGUACAAUACAUAUUUUUAAGUAUAUGUUGCUGGAUUUGUCCUGUUCUGUUUCCUCACCACUUUUCAGCUGUACAACAAUCAACAUUGAUUUUUUUUCUUUCUUUUUUUUUUUUUUUUUUUUUUUUUUUUGUAUGUGAAGACUGUUUUCUUUUCAUGCAUGUUGAGAUGACCUGGCUGGUUUUUAUCCCUGUUUUUAUCAGUUUGUAUUGAUUUGUGGAUGAAAAAAAAAGAAAAAAAAAAAAGCUUUUGUUCAACCUGCAGAGUAAAAUUUUGGUAUAUUAUUUGAUGUGUACAAUAACUUGUGACAUUAUCAACAAAACUAUUAUAAUAUUUUACUAACAUGUCAAAUCAAAUAUGUAAUGGUCAUGUAAGUUCUUCUUUUUUUUUUUUCUGCAGUUACUUAGCGGGGCUAAAGCUGAGGUUGCUCCCUGGUGUGUCGUAUUUACAAAGCUUUGGACAUGUUUGUUUGGGGAAUCAUUUUUUUUCUCCGCAAAGCAGUCGUUGGCUAAUCUCUGAAGUUGUGCAAUACUAAUAUUUCACCGCUUCUUCAAUUACACUUUUAUUUAUUUUUGAAGCAGAAGAGAUUGAGCCAAAGACAUUUUAAAGGGAUUUUAUUUACAAAUUUUUCGUCAUUGCUGAUUUGUUUUUAAGGCAUCUUUUUUUUUUUUUUUUGUCCCGCCAUGAAUCUUUGUCUCAGAAAUUAGUUUGACAGGAUCUUUGCUAUGAAGCAAAGGGUCUUUACUCUUCUAAUGAAGUUUUCACCACCCGGUAUCGCACCAUACAGCAUCCUAUUUCAUGAAAACAUUCUGUGUUGCCUUUUUAAGAAAACAAGGUGAAACCAACUUGUCUGUGUGUGGCACAUAGAAAGGGAGCAACCUUUUGCCCAGCCAGUAGAGAGCACUGUGUUCAGCCUUCUAUAAACGCCACAUCUCUUCCUGUUAUCUGUUUGCUCUCCUCUGUUCUUCCCUCGCUGCAGUGAAUCAAUGGCACACCUGUUCUCCCAGCCUCCCAGUCCCAUUGGUUCCUCCCUCGUGGGUACAAAAUAAUGAAUAGAUCUGUUUUACUCUUCUUCAUUUCAAUUGGUGGUGGUUAUAAUAAAGGAUUUAGACUGUGUUUCAAAGGUUUAUUUUCUUUUUUUAUUUGUUUCUCUAUUAAAGUGUUUUUAUUGAA